AUGCAAUAAAGAUCUUUUGGAUAUCUUAACAUUGACAAUUCUAACAAAAAAGGAAUUUUUUUAAAUCCAAUUUAGGAGCACAAUAAAAGUACCAAUAAAUUCAAAAGAUUAUUGACUCAUGAUUACUCUCAUUUUCAGCAUAGCCACUUGAGGCAGCUUGAUAAAUCAGGUCCAGAUGGAUUUCAACCUCAAACUUUAUAAGAAAGGGUCAAUUAGGCAAAAUUAAGAUUUAUUGAAACUACUCCUAAUAAUAUAAUCAGAAGAUAAGAAAUUUAAGUAUUAUUUUAAUUGAUUCACUUUAGACUGUACCAUUUUAUGUCAAGCAGAGGGAUGAUUAACUCAAAAAAGUUAAGUCAUUUAAAUCGUCUUUCAGGCAAUAAACUCAUAAAGAAGACGAUGUUAAUCAGAAAGUUUAUAUGUACUUAGUGCAAGCAUUUUUUGUUAUUCUGCUAGUCCUAAUUGCUACUGAACUUGUUUUGAGAAAGUAUUUAUAUUGA